AUGCAGGAGUCAAGCUGCUUAAAAUCUCCAAAAUUAGUAACUAGCUCAGUUAAUCAUUUGGCAGAUGAUCGAGUGAUAAAAUAUAUUGUUGUUACAGGUGGUACUCUUAGUGGAUUAGGCAAGGGAAUAGCUAUAAGUUCACUCGGACUAUGCCUUAAAAGUAGAGGAUAUAAUGUAACUGCAAUAAAAAUAGACCCAUAUUUAAAUAUUGACGCAGGUACUAUGUCUCCUUUCGAGCAUGGUGAGGUUUUUGUAUUGGAUGACGGAGAGGAAGUCGAUUUAGACUUAGGAAAUUAUGAAAGGUUUUUAGGAUUAAAUUUGACUAGUAUUAAUUCCAUUACAACAGGGAAAGUUUACUCUGAAGUUAUUAGUCGCGAAAGAAAAGGAGAAUACUUGGGGAAAACUGUUCAAGUUGUACCGCACUUGACUGAUUAUAUUCAAGAGCGAAUUAAACUCGCAGGUAUAUCCGGAUAUUAUGAUAGCUGUGACAACUAUAUUUUACCAGAUAUUUGUAUGAUAGAAGUUGGUGGGACUGUGGGAGAUAUUGAAAGCUCCGUCUAUUUGGAAGCUUUGCAACAAUUUUUAUUUAAUAUUGGUUCUGAAAAUAUUGUAUUUAUUCAUGUAUGUUAUUUACCUUAUGUCAGCAACCAACUGAAAAAGAAACCAACUCAGCAUAGUGUAUCUAGACUGCGGGAAGUUGGGUUGAAGCCAGACUUUUUGUUUGGAAGAUGCGAAGUUCCCAUUGAUGAAUUAUGCAAAGAGCAGUUAAAGGUAUUUACACAAGUAAAAACAGAAAAUAUUAUCUCAGUACAUACAGUUGAACACCCAAGCGCUGUAGUAAAAUUGUUGGAAUCUCAAGAACUCGCAGACAAAGUAUGUAAACGUCUCGGACUACCUAUCAGAGAACCUGGAAAACUUCUAACUGACUGGUUUAAUAUUAUCGAUUUAUCAUUAUUAACUGAUAAACUUCACCGUGGAGAGAGCAUUCCCUCUAAUAUUCCAAACCCAUUUAUAAAUGGUAAAUCAAAAAUUGGAAUUGUAGGGAAAUACAUUGCAUCUGAUGAUACCUACCUAAGCAUUAUUGAAGCACUAAAGCAUGCAGCAUUGCAGGUUAAAGUUCAACUAGAAGUUCUAUGGAUUGAAGCCACUCAAUUGGAUGCAGAUUCAGAAACUCUGUCAAAUAAAUUAACUUUUAACAAUUCAAAAUCUGCUUGGGAUUUAUUAAAAUCUGUCGAUGGCGUUCUUGUUCCUGGAGGAUUUGGGAAAAGAGGAGUAGAUGGAAAAAUUGAGGCGAUUCAUUAUUGUCGAGUAAAUAAUAUUCCUUUCUUGGGCAUUUGCCUUGGAAUGCAAUUGUCUGUUGUUGAGUUUUGCAAAAAUGUUUUGAAAUUACCAUUAGCAACAUCGCAAGAAUUUGAGGAUAGUACGAUUCUUGACUUAAAGCCAAUCUCAAGUAUGGACGAGCUAAACCUCGCUCACACUUCCAAUGUUACAGUGAGUUCAGGUGAGGAAAUCCUUAGCCCUUGUACAGAUAUUGAACAUUCAUCAAGGUCCAUACAUGUUGUUGUGACUAUGAAUGAAUUUACAAGUAAUAAUAAGGGCGGCACAAUGAGACUAGGAGGUUGGAAUACUAUGAUACGUGACAAAAGCUCACUCGCUUAUAAAGUUUAUAACUCAUGUAAGUUCCAAUCAUUUACAACUCUUUGUACAGAGACAGGAGAAGAGAUAUACACAAUCAGAGAAAGGCACAGACAUCGCUACGAAAUAAACCCCGAAUUUGUGCCUUUAAUAGAAAAAAAUGGCAUGAAGUUUGUCGGGAAGGAUGUAGAUGUUAACAAGAAUGAAAUUCUAGAGUUACCCUCUCAUCCAUUCUUCAUUGCUGCGCAAUACCAUCCUGAAUUUACUUCCAGACCAAUGAGCCCGAACCCAUUGUUUUACGGACUUAUACUCGCAUCAAUAGGGAAAAUUAAGCAUAAUGAAGCUAUUUAUGAAUUCAUUUAG